AUGCCAACGACUCCAGGUCUCGGCUCUUUGUAUGGAGUCUAUGAGGAGAACUCUGCAAUCCAAGAUGUGAUAGAGACACAUAACAACGUCGUGCACGACAGUCAUGAACUCCACCAUACCAUCUACACCACAAAAGCCAUGAAAAAUCCCACGCAGAAGGCCACCCUCACCGAGCUAACAGCACAGAUAGUCCAUUUCGCAAGCCAUGGCGUCUCAGACCCCACAGACCUCUCAGAGAGCCAUUUACUCUUACAAAAACCAGGAUCCUCAGGACCCGUUGUCGAUGCGCUCAAGGCGUCGAGUAUCUCUACCUCGACUUCACUUGGUAGGGCGUGGAUCGCGUAUCUGUCUGCAUUUUCAACGGCGCAGGUUCGAGCGGAUACGCUCCUAGAUGAGAAUAUCCAUCUCACGAGCGCAUUCCACGUUGCGGGAUUCGCACACGUCAUCGGCACUCUGUGGCGUGCUGAUGAGGAUGCGUGCGUGCUAUCAGCUCGGUGUUUCUAUCGUUAUUUGAUUGGAAAGGGGGAUAUUGGUGAGUCCGGGGCUGUUGCGAGGGCGUUAAGGGAAGCGGUACUGGAACUUCAUCGCGCUUUUGCGGAUAGACCGAAUGCGUGGGCUCCAUUUGUCCACUUCGGUGCUUAG